CCCUUGGUCACAUGGCUGUGACAUCACCAGUUAGUCAGAGGCUUUCCAUGCUGGCAGAACAGCAGGCAGAGGAGGCUGACAUUCUCAUUCCUGCCUCUAAAGUGUAUCCUGCCCCUGUGGGGAAUAGUGACCCGAUAAGCAGAGCUGCUGUGUUGCUCCUGUGUCAUUCUGCCCCCCGUGUGACUUGCUGAACUGUGGCCCCUGCUAAACAGCAUGUCCAGCUCCGUGCCACCCAGCUCCGUGCCACCCAGCUCUGUGCCACCCAGCUCCUGUGACUGCUUUGUCUCCCUUCCGCCGGCCUCUCUUGCUUCUGUUGUUCUAUUUGGUAAGAACUCAGACCGACCCCGCGAUGAGGUCCAGGAGAUUGUGUUCCGUCCAGCAGGAUCUCAUCCACCGGGAUCAAAGCUGAAGUGCACGUACAUAGAGGUGGAGCAGGUGGCCGAGACCCUUGCAGUUCUGCUGAGUCGCCCCGCCUGGCUCUGGGGCGCAGAGAUGGGGGCUAAUGAGAAGGGUGUCUGUAUAGGGAAUGAAGCAGUGUGGACCAAGGAGCCAGUGACAGAGGGUGAGGCUUUGCUGGGCAUGGACCUAGUCAGGCUAGCUCUAGAGCGUGCGCCCUCGGCUCAGCAAGCUGUGCAAGUUAUUACUGAUCUUUUGGGCCGGUAUGGGCAGGGAGGCAGCUGCAGGGAAGAUCCAGAACCCCUCAUAUAUCACAAUACGUUCUUGCUGUGCGAUCGCUCAGAGGCUUAUGUUCUAGAGACUGCGGGGCCCUACUGGGCAGCGGAGAGAAUUGUUGAGGGGGCGCGGAACUUGUCCAACCAGCUGAGUAUAUCAGUUUGCCCCUGGAGGGAACACCCCCAGCUCCGCUCACAUGCCUUACAGCAGGGAUGGUGGGACGGCCAAGGGGACUUUAACUUCUCAGCGGUGUAUUCUUUGGAGAAGCAGCCUGUACGCAUGGAAGCAGCCAAAUUGCGAUAUGGGGCUGGGCAGGAACUGCUCCGUAUGCAAGCAGGGCACAUAACAGUCAAGUCUAUGCUGAAUAUUUUGCGUGACAAGAAAAGUGGUAUCUGCAUGGACUCUGGUGGCUUCCGUACCACGGCCAGCAUGGUGUCUGUUCUACCACGUUCACCCGAUGUACCGUGUAUUCAUCUGCUGACUGCCACUCCAGACCCGUCCAGGUCAGUGUACAAGCCCUUUAUUUUUGGCCCACAUGUGACACAAGUGCCCUGGGUGUUGUCGCCUAGUUUUGGGGAGCACGACCCUACCCAGCAGAUUCCUAGGUUCCAGACCCAAGUCGAUCGCAGACACGACCUUUACAGACAGCACCAGGGAGCUCUAGAGGCUUGUAAAGCCAAUAAGCAGGAAGCGGAAGAAACACUAAGAAAAAAGCAGCUAAAGCUAGAGGAUGAAAAUCUCCAUUGGGUUGAUACAAUUUUGGACCCAAGCGAUUCAGCUGACCCUGUGGGUGGGUCGGAUAUGUUCCUGAUCUGUGUAGAGAAGGAGCUGGAGUUAUACAAAGGAAUUGGAGAAAAGCAAUGCACCCACACAGAAGUAUAACCCCCCCCCGGCAAUGUUAGAUUUUCCCCUGUGCAAUAAUACAAGUCUCUUUAGUAGCAAUAAAAAGACAAUAAUCAAGUUUAAUUAUCAAUCAAGUCAAGCAAUCAACAACGACUAAUAACUUAUUCAAUAAUAAAAAUAUUGGUGUCA